AUGGACUCUGCAUCCAUCGUCUUUGCGCUUCCCCCGACAUCUUGUGCUCAAGGAGAAAUAAUUCGGGAUGGGUAUAACCUAAUUGUGGAUGUGCUGCGAGAACCUCUACGUGAACUUCACUGCGCAGCAGACAUAACCCCUCAGUACUUUGUUAUCUUCGAUGUCUUUCCGUUUUCGGCAGGAGCUCAAAGAUUAGCCUUCAAGGGGUCGAUUUAUGAACGAGUCGCAAGUGGGGACCCCGUCUUUUGCGUCCAUGCGAUCGUGAAGAUGGAGAUGGCAAUUCCUGAAGUAGUCGAAACAAUGGAGACCGAGCGCACGAGAAUAAAUGCCACAGAGGCGCAGAAGACGGUGCGUAAACACGACGUUACCCGCCAGUAUAUCGAAAAAUGGUGCGCUCUUGGCAUUAACAAGAGCGUGCAUGUCCUGAGCACGGAAAAGGUGACAAUAACUCGCGGAUGCUCACUUCAGAACAUUGACAGGCGCAGGUUUCCAAUCUUGCAUCAACUAUUUAAAAAGUUAUCCUUGGAUGCGGUGUUGUACAAAAACGCUGUGGGCACGGUUGAAGACUACCUUCCAGGUCGCUUCACCAAGUUUCUAAACAACGACGGUAUGGCGAACAACGAAGUAUCAGCCAACUUUCCCGCUGCUUUCUCGCAUUGGUCGUGGGUUGAGAGCAAGGGAGCACUUAUGGUGUCAGACAUCCAGGGUGUACGUACGGGGGCUGGGUAUGCUCUCACUGACCCUUGCAUUCACUCGGUCCGCGACCGGGAAGGAUAUGGAAUAUCUGACCUCGGGAUGACUGGUGUGGAACAUUUUUUCAAGAGGCAUCGAUGCAACGCGCUUUGCAAUGACCUCGGUCUGGGCAAAGACGAUGCGGACAUAGACCUUGGACAUGGGAUGCGUACGAGAAUACUUCCGAAUGCCGCAUGGUUUGGAGGGCAUAUGGAGCAGCAAAACGAGAGGAGGCAUGCCGUAGCCGGAUCUCCAAUCGGGACGAUGGAAGGGAAGACAAGAAUGAAAUUGCAUGCAGGACGGGAUUGUGAGGUGAUGGAAAGUGAAGGCACUGAUGAGAGCGGGUCAAAGGUGCGAAGGAGGUCUACUAUGAGAGUUCAGACGAGGACUAGAGCGGCAGCGGACAUGAAGCAGAGGGAGAGAAGAACAACGAUAGCGGCGGGGGAGGAAGCCGGUGUCGAGGCCGCGAAACGCAGGAGGGCUUGGGGCAGAUUUUGGAGCCCGAGCUCAGGGGGCUCGAAGAAGGAAGAGGACAAGCGCAUCUUUCUGCGGGGGCUCUUCUCACCUCGAAAACGGGUGCAUGAAUAA